GAUAUAAUUCUAGGAGGUUACAUUAGUUAGAAAUCAUUAUUCUAAUACUACUUACUAUAGGACCUCGUGAAUAUUUAUUUCAUUGAGUUUGAGGUCGCAUGUGAAGAAUUUAUGGAAUUGGGUAACAGUAACACUCGCAGCUCCACCACCAGUACCACCGCACCGCACUUCAUCAAUUGACGCAUUUACCCCUCACUCCCUCCCUCCCGCGAUCUACACAUCCAUCGGCGUUCGCUCUCAGCUGAUUGCAGUUUCUUGACGCCGUUCGUGGUGAUCAUGGCGACGGAGAAAGUGUUCAACGGAAGACAAGAAUUCAGCGAUUCAUCAAACGUGCCAUCCACCAUUUUCGCAAUGUCUCUGUGGCUCGGAGCUAUUCACUUCAACGUCGCAUUGGUCCUCUUCGCCGUCUUCUUCCUUCCUCUCUCCAAAUCGCUCUUGGUUUUCGGUUUUCUGCUUCUGUUCAUGGUGCUUCCGAUGGACGCCAACAGCAAAUUCGGCAGAAAAUUGUCAAGGUACAUAUGCAAGCACGCUUGCAAUUACUUUCCCAUCACGCUUCAUGUGGAGGAUAUAAAAGCCUUUGAUCCUAACCGUGCUUAUGUUUUUGGUUAUGAACCACAUUCAGUUUUGCCAAUUGGCGUCAUUGCACUAGCUGACAGUACAGGUUUCUUGCCUCUUCCAAAAAUAAAAGUUCUUGCUAGCAGCACGGUGUUCUAUACACCAUUUUUGAGACACAUAUGGACAUGGUUGGGUCUUACACCAGCAACAAGGAAAAAUUUAACCUCCCUGUUAGCAGCUGGCUCUAGUUGUAUUUUAAUACCUGGUGGAGUGCAAGAAGUAUUUCUCAUGCAGAAUGGCUCUGAGAUUGUUUUCCUCAAGUCAAGAAGGGGUUUUGUCCGCAUAGCAAUGGAGAAGGGCCACCCCUUGGUUCCAGUUUUCUGCUUUGGUCAGUCAGAUGUCUAUAAGUGGUGGAAACCAGGUGGGAAGCUCUUUCUAAAAUUUGCGAGGGCUAUCAAGUUCACACCAAUAUGUUUUUGGGGAGUUUUCGGAUCCCCAUUACCGUUCAGACAUCCAAUGCAUGUGGUGGUGGGUAGACCAAUUGAGUUCCACAAAAAUCCAGAACCAACCUCGGAGGAGGUUUCCAAGAUACACAGUCAGUUUGUGGAAGCACUUCAAGAUCUCUUCGAAAGGCACAAAGCUGGGGCUGGCUAUCCCAACCUUGAAUUAAGAAUUGUUUGAUUAGGCCUUAAUAUCGACCCAUAUUUUAAUAGGUUUAUUUAUUUAUUUUAUGAUAUCUUUCUUUGGGAAUGGGCUUGGUGAAUGUAAUUUGGGCUAUGAAUUAUUUGUAAUACCCAGCAAGCAGCCCAAUGGGAAAGUUCUUUUGGCGAAAUGAGAUGGUGUCUUUAUUUAGGUUUAUCUAUUAUUUUUCAAAUAAAUGAUAUAUUUCAGUUCA